UUUCCCGGGAAAAUUUAAUUUUCUUUCUGCUCCUCCGAGAAGAUCUGAAGAGCGAGAAUGGACUGUUAUCUUCUCUACACGGUGCUUCUACUCCUUCUUCUUGGAUCAGUUUCUCUCUCUAACGCAAGGCCACGCGCUAAUCGACAUCCCAGUUUCAUGCGAUCCGUGACGAACGCAACCGAUUUCGCGUCGGAGGACUACUACGACUACAUAAUCGUCGGCGGAGGAACGGCGGGAUGUCCACUCGCCGCCACUCUCUCCCAAUCCUUCCGCGUCCUCCUCCUCGAGCGCGGCGGCGUCCCCUACACAAACCCCAACCUGAUGACUCACGACGGUUUCUUGACGACUCUCACAGACGUCACCGCCGUCGACUCCCCCGCUCAGUCAUUCGUCUCCGAGGAAGGAGUCCCCAACGCUCGAGGCCGCGUCCUCGGAGGAAGCAGCGCGAUCAACGCGGGAUUCUACAGCAGAGCCGAUGAGCACUUCUUCGAGAACUCAGGUCUCGAUUGGGAUCUGAGGAGCGUGAAUCAGUCUUACGAGUGGGUGGAGAGAGCGAUCGUGUUCAGACCUCAGCUGAUGACGUGGCAGUCCGCGUUUCGAGACGCGAUGCUCGAGGUCGGUGUGGGUCCCUUUAACGGCUUCACGCUUGAGCAUAAGGUUGGGACUAAGAUCGGUGGGUCCACCUUUGACCGUUCAGGGAGGAGACACAGCUCUGCGGAUCUUCUCAGAUUCGCUAGAAGCUCCAAUAUUAGAGUAGCUGUUUACGCUACUGUUGAGAGAGUCUUGCUGAGUGAUAAUUCAAAUGUCUCUGCUAUUGGAGUUGUGUACCGUGAUCAGCUUGGACGUUACCAUCACGCAAUGAUACGGGAGAGAGGAGAGGUGAUACUCUCAGCUGGCUCGCUCGGGACUCCGCAGCUGAUGCUUCUUAGCGGGAUUGGUCCGAGGAGUUACCUUUCGACUUGGGGGAUCCCUGUGGCGGUUGACCAGCCUCACGUGGGAGGGUUUGUGUAUGAUAACCCGAGGAACGGUAUCUCUAUUGUUCCACCCGUUCCGAUGGAGAACUCGUUGAUACAAGUGGUGGGUGUUACGGAGGACGGUGCUUUUCUUGAAGCUGCUUCUAACGUGAUCCCGUUUGCGUCUCCUCUGCAUUCAGUUUUCAUCAGGGCUCCGGCUUCUCCUCUGUAUGUUCCUGUGACGACUAUAAUGGAGAAGAUUCUAGGUCCGGUGUCUGUUGGUUCGCUGAGGUUGGCUUCGACGGAUGUGAGGGUGAACCCGGUUGUUAGGUUUAACUACUUCAGUGAUCCACAGGAUCUGGAGAGGUGUGUGAACGGGACUAGGAAGAUUGGUGAAAUACUUAGGAGCCGAGCUAUGCGGGACUUUAUGGUCAGGGAGUGGUUUGGGAGCCAUAGGUUCAGAUUCGUUGGAGUUCCGUUACCGUUGGACCAGAGUAAUGAUCUGGUGAUGGCUGACUUCUGCAGACGAACUGUGAGCACUAUCUGGCACUACCAUGGUGGCUGCGUUGUGGGGAGAGUAGUGAACUCUGAUCUCAAAGUCAUUGGUGUUGAUUCAUUGAGGAUCGUGGAUGGAUCAACCUUUAAUAUCUCUCCAGGGACUAACCCACAAGCUACCUUGAUGAUGCUUGGAAGGUACAUGGGUCUGCAGAUGCUGAAAGAGAGAAUGAGAUACUGAUUUUCAGAUGAGCUUGAUGGCAUUUCUUUUCUGGAUUACUUAACUGUUUCUUUUGUUGUAUAGCUCUCUAUUAGGUGCUUUUACCGUUAGUCUAUUCAUUUGUUCAUUGUUUCUAUUGGACUACUCUCGUUGAUUGAUGUAAUAAUAGAGUAUAGAGAGUUCUUUAAUAUUCAGCAGGACUGAGAUGUAAUGAUCAAGAGCUGAUCUUGCUCAGAGUAGCUAUGUUUCUCUUACAUGAACAUACAGAGCAAAAUUAAAUCAUGAGGCAAUAUUCUUCUCGUCUUCUUUUGGCACACUAUGAUGGAAUAUGUUCCAUGAAAAUGUUUUCUUCUUGAAGUUUUCUGGAAUCUACCAGUCCCUUCGGCAAAGUAUGAUAGGACAAUCAGACAUACCUAUCAUCCUCACUCAGUGCUGCCUUGGAAUCCAAUACCUUCCUGCGAAGUCUUUGUCUCUUCAUCCUGUUGCCCUCUUUUUAUAUGCGUUGUUGCAAAAGCUAAAUACUCAGUUCCUGUUAUGUAUCAAUCGACAACCUGUUUGAAUUCCAAAAAGCUUCUGCUGUAGCAAAAAAGGAGAAGUUUGGUUCUUCAUAAAUGCAGGACAGAUACAUGGAUCAACAGCAACAAGGUGAUAAGAAUCUGACAGUGUUCGUUGGACCCUGGGGAGGAAAUGGAGGAACCGUUUGGGAUGACGGGAUCUAUUAUGGUGUCCGUGAGAUCAAACUUGUUUAUGAUCA